UUUAUGAAUAAAAAUAAUACCACAUGUAAAGUAAUUCAGUAACAUUAUAAAAGACACACAGUCAGACAAACAAGAGUUAUUUGUACGUAUAUAACAUUCAUUGGGAUACAUAUAACCUCGUUCACAUAAAAUUCUUUUUUCGAACCAACGUCAUAAACCCAACUGUCAAUCACUACCCGAUGACGUGACGUCACAAUUGCAUUCAAUAUCAAAUAAUAUGUCCCUCUUAAUACCGCGGAGGGCGUUCCUCCCGGCCUCACAGACCGUCCGCACAGUGUACGGUUGUACCAGGAUCGGGAACAGGGACAUAGUGGGCCAUGGGCACAACGGCUGCGCAAAUUACAAAGACGACUCGCAUUUUCCGUUCCCCGCUGUGCGUUUCAAAGAAAAUACAAGAGAUGUCUGUGCUCUGCGGGAAAAAGAGAAAGGUGACUGGCGGCUGCUCUGCUGCGAGGAGAAGAAGGCGUUAUACCGCGCUUCGUUCUGCCAGACGUUCGCUGAGUUCCAGCACCCGACCGGCAUGUGGAAAUUCUGCGUCGGCUGGGCGCUGUUCGGCACCUCCUUCACGUUUUGGAUGAUGACGUACUGCCACUACUAUGUGUUUGAGCCGCUGCCAGCUUCGUUUUCCAAAGAGGCGCAGAAGGCCCAACUGCGCCGCAUGCUGGAGCUACGAGUCAACCCCAUCGACGGGAUAUCUUCGCAUUGGGAUUAUGACAACGACCGGUGGAAGUCCUAAAUUAUUGGAGCAGCGAGAUUUAAGCAGUUAGCUAUAUUUAAUUUUGUUUCGUGGGAAAUUUGGUUUACGUGUUGUUUAGUUUAUUUGUUAAUUUUAAAUAAAGCUUAUUAAUUACGUAUUAAUAACUGUUUUAUUGUUAUUUUUAAAAUGGAAUUGAAAAGAACAUUCAUAGUAAGAGCCUUGUAUUAGCUACAAUAAUAGUUGUAUCAAAAACUCUCGAUCUGACUCUACCAAAUGCAACAACAUAAUCGAUCAUACCGUCGUUGGGGUCAAUUAAAAAAUUCUCCAAACAUGAUAAGUAGACUAGUAUUAUAUAUCAGAUUUCUAUUUAACUGGCUAAUUAGUUAAAUGAUGUAAUGAGUAAUGUAAGAGGAUGUGUGGUCAUGCGAAACAUGUUUAUAUAAGGCGAUGUUAAUUUUCCGCGAAAUUCUGUUAUUCAUUGAGGUUGCACACAAAUCUAAUUGAGAAUUAUGAAGUGCGCAGUAGCUAUAGUAUUAGCACUAGUGGGCAUUUCAAUAGCAAACCCCACUCCCUUGGGGAUGGGAUUCUCCACAUUAGUAAAGAGUAACAUAAAGAAGGCACCCCGCUAUGGGCGGUUGCGUCAUCGAGCGUGAUCUGGCCAAUAAGCGAAAAGCCUCUUCGUUUCCAAUGUUCACACACACAUGUACUAUGUUAAAAUUCGACGUUUGCUAUUGAUAUUUAUUGUAUUAAAUGUUUUAUGGACUG